UGAUACGAAAUGGUAGAAGUUUCAGUUGCCACCCGCGUUCAAAUCAAACCCUUUGUUUCUGCAAGCCCGCAUCUUCCAAUUUGUCGCAAAAUAACAUGGAAAAUUUGUGGAGCUGUGGCAUCAUCUGAUUCCUCAUCUUCUUCUAGUUGUGGGUAUAGCAGGUAUGAUAAACAAACGAUAGAUGAUGGGCAAGUAGUAUUGCCAAAGAAGAAGAAGAAGAGAAGGAGGGUGUUCUUUCUAGAUGUUAAUCCUCUCUGUUAUGCUGGAAGUAAACCCAGCUUACACUCUUUUGCUCGUUGGGUCUCCUUGUUUUUUAAGCAAGUUAGCCUCUCUGAUCCUGUUAUCGCUGUUGUUGAUGGUGAAAGAGGAAGCGAGCACCGCCGGCAGUUGCUACCUUCAUAUAAAACACACAGGUGGAAGUUGUUAAGACAGUUUUCAAGGGGUCAUGUUGGAAGGUCACACGGAGUCAUCAAAGAUGUUUUUACAAAAUGCAAUGUGCCUGUCAUAAAAAUAGAUGGCCAGGAAGCGGAUGAUGUUAUAGCUACUCUUGUGGAACAAGUUCUACAAAUAGGAUAUCAAGUGGUGAUUGCGUCUCCUGAUAAAGAUUUUAAGCAAUUGCUUUCAGAAGAUGUCCAAAUCGUAAUGCCCCUGGACGAUUUAAAGCGCUGGUCCUUUUACACCCUUAAGCACUACAUGGCUCAGUAUAAUUGUGAUCCGUGCUGUGAUUUGAGCCUCAGAUGCAUUAUGGGAGAUCAAGCUGAUGGUGUUCCUGGGAUCCAACAUCUGGCUCCUGGGUUUGGUCAGAAGACUGCCCUAAAGCUCUUGAAAAAACAUGGCUCAUUGAAAAAUUUACUAAACAUAGCUUCAGUAAGAACUGUGGGCAGACAGUAUGCGCAAGAUGCUCUUACAAAGUAUGCGGAUUAUCUACGAAGGAACUAUGAGAUUCUUUCCCUUAGAAGGGAUGUCAAUGUUCAACUUAAAGAGGAGUGGCUUGUUCCAAGAGACACAAGCAAUGAUUCAAAAACUUUGUCAAACUUCUUUAAAUUCUUGGAAGAAACCGAGAAGUUCAGUCAUCAAACUGGAUCUAUUUCAAAUGGCUAAGUUGAUAGAUUGUGAAGUUUUGAACCAUGAUAGACAACUUUCAAAUUACUUCCAUAAAAAGUGAACCAAGUUCACAACAAAAGUGUUUUUCAUCCGAUGCUGGUGCAAGGCUACCAUCUACAUUGAAUUAUUGAUCAGUGGUGGGAUGGACAUGGAUGGCUAGACCCAGGCUUGGCAAUCCCAACUUUCUUUUUUUUUUUUCUUUUUUUUUUCAGAAACCGUCUUUAAUGCGAUCUUACAUAUUCUCAACUUGUAAUGCAUAAGAUUGUAACCCCCUGUGGAUAGAUUUGACAAUUCAGUUAUUGCAUUGUAAUUUACUUUUCCCA